UCCUCCUCCUGGACAAAAGCUGGGCUUUGUCUUGAGCAGGAGCAGUGCCCUCCAUCGCUGUGUCCUUGCCUGCUGCAGGCUGCCCCAAGCUGGUCCCGGUAAGCCUCAGGCAGCUGUGCUUCUCUGCCUCACAGCAUGGCUCUGGGUAGCACAGGGAUGCUGUGGAACAGGAAGCCUAAUGUUUUGUUAAUCAGAAGGCUGUAGCUGCUGCUGAGGCCAUCGCUGCCAUCAUGCUGCCUGUGGGAGCAGGCAGAAGCCUUGACUGGCAUUUGAGGGUUGUGUUGGUGGGAGAUGGGUUCCAGCAGGGAGCUCUGCUCUCAGACAGGGACAAGCUGUACUCUGGCACCCUGGCUUGCUGGAGCAGCACAGGAUGCCAGCAUAAAAGCUGCUUACACCUGAGAUUUUUAGCCUCAGGAGCUGGUUGGUACAGCUCUCACUUAGGGUGCCUGAGUUGUGCCUUAUUAACUGUCAUCCAACCCCCCACAAAAAACAACUCAUAGCUGUCAAGCAGGCCCUUUUCUGGUGCCAUCCCUGUUCUAGUCAUGUUUGAGUUGAAUGGCAGGUGCUCAUCCUGUGGGCACUGGCUCCACUGUGUGCCAUCAGUGAGCUCUUUUUAGGGCUGUGAGAGCCGGGUCUACAGUAGAGAAGGCUGCAGCGGGUGCCUGUGUGCCGUUGUCCUGCUGCUCCCAUGCAGGAUCUCUUGGCCACCCUGCUGGUGCCAGCUACAUCUCUGUAGCUGUUGGAACCUGGCACUAGAAUUGGUACUUUUUGUAACCCUCCAUCCUGCUGGGCCCUGGCUGCUCCAUGUGGGUGGCAGAUGUAGCACAGUGGAUUGUUUGGUCUCUGAAAUUGCUGGCAAUUGCAGUGCAGGGUCUUUCCCCCCCAGCAGCACCCUGAGCAGCUGACAAGCUAGCAGCGUGCCACUGAACCCAGCACAGUGCACACAAGGAUGGCCCAUGUGGCUGAGCUGAGAGGAGUGGCCUCCCUAGGAAGCCACUGGGGGAUUCAGUUUGUCUUUGCUGUUCUAUGAUGAAAAGAUGCAUCUCAGAGCCAGCUGUGCCUCCAGGCAGGGCACAGGACUCCUAGAUGCAGGAUGCAAAAGCACCAUGAUGCAAAAGCCUGGGCAAAACCCUGAAGUACUCUUGGCAACACAGGGUAGACUGGGAGCAACCCCAACCUGAGCCCACUGUGUGGGCUGCUGCAGGGAACCCAGCAUGAGGCUGCUUUCUGCCUUCACUUGUCCUGCUGCAUACUGUGCCUCCAGGGGGAAGGAACAAUGUGAACAGUGGCUGUUGAACAGGAUGGGAUUCAGCCUACUGCCAGCAGGAAAUUUCACCACUGCUCCAAACUCAGCUGUGGCUCUCAGCAUAGCUGAGUGCCACCCCCUGCACAGGGCUCGGGACAGAACUGUGGUGCACAGAAAAGGGGGCUGCAGGACAGCAGUGCCUGACAGCCCCCUCCUUUUGGCAGGUACCCACAUCAUCUACGACCGCAAGUUCCUGCUGGAGUGCAAGAAUUCGCCCGGGGCCAGGACCCUUCCCUGCUGCCCGCCCCAGAUCCCCGGUGUCACCUCCCUGGCCCAGUCCAGCCUCGUCAAGCUGGAGGAGCACAAGGAGCAGAAUGAGAGUGAAGAGGCCAUGCCAGAUCAAGACCAGUGUGACAUGGACAUCUGAGUUUCCAGCUUCAUGUCUCCAGGCUGUGGCUGGGCCUGUUCCUGGGCCUUGUGGAGGUGCUGGCACCGUGACCAGCUGGCUGCAGCCCUCUCUGAUGCUGGGGAUGAAUGUGUGACACCUCAGGCUCUAGCACAACUAGCUGGUGCAACUGCCUAGGAGCUCAUGCUUGAUUAAUAAACACCAUGAAACCCCA